AAAGUAUGGGCAGAAGCCGAUCAAGGGUUCUCCUUAUCCCAGGGGCUAUUACAGAUGUAGCAGUUCGAAGGGCUGUCCCGCAAGGAAACAGGUAGAGAGAAGCCGUGCGGACCCCACCAUGUUCAUCGUCACCUACACGUCGGAACACAAUCACCCAUGGCCCCCGGUCCACAAGAAAACCAAAACGGCCGAGGACCCCAAACCGGUCGAAACAAGCCCCGCCGAACCGGCCUCCGAUCCCGAAGAAAUAUUCUCCGAUCUAAUCGGAGAAGAACCGUCGAUGCUGAUUCACGACCACUUCCGGUGGCCGUCGAACUCCUCCGCCGCCGCCGACGACGACGGCGGCCCCCUCUACGGGCCCCCGUUGGGUGGCAGGGGAAGCGUGGCGGCGGUGGACGAGGAGGAGGACGCGCUGUUCGCCGGACUCGGUGAGCUGCCAGAAUAUUCUGUUAUUUUCCGGCGAGGGUAUGUGGACCGUCAGGUGUGUGGCGGGGAGGAGGGGAAGAGGUGUGGAUUGAAGGCGACAGCCGCUGCGCCGGCCGCAGCGGCUUGCGGAAGCACGGGAUGA